AUGGACAGCCUGUUUGCGGCUACUGAUGGGCUCUUUCAGCUAGUUUUUUCUGGAUCUCAGCUGGAUUUUGUGCUGAUUUCAGCUGGGGAUCGUGGCUCAUUUUGUUGCUACAGCUGGUUUUAUCAGACUUUAUCUUUGGUAAACAUUGAAGGCUUUCCACGGUUCUGCUCAGAGGGUUUUCAGCUGGAUUUCCAGCUGGUCUCAACGGGUUUCCAGCUGGUUUUCCAUGAUUUCUUUGUGGUUCUCUGCUGGUUCUUAUGGGCUCCACUUGCUGCUGUGAUGGUUCAUGUGCACAGCUUUCUUGUCGCUGCUGCUGGCCACCUCUGGUCUCUUUUUCUUCAGCUGGUUUUGCUGAUUUUCUCAUGGUCUCUCAGCGGUUCUUUCAUCUGCUUGACGCUGGCUAUUGGUCUGCUGCUGUGGGUUUCUCUGUUGCUGCUUCCUUCGGCAGUCAGCUGGGGAUUUGUUCUCAGCGGGCUCUCAGUUGCUGUGUUGGUUCUGGGCUUAUGUUCAUUCCUCAUGGUUUUCAUCAUCUCGCAGUUGCUGUCUCUUGGGUUUCCAGCUUUCCUCCAGCUGAAUUUUCUGGAUCUUCAGCUGGACUCUCAGCUGGCUUUUGCUAGCCUUCAUGUCCCAUUUUAUGUCCUUUUCUUUUUUGAUGGGGAAGAUUUUGGGGAUGAGUUUGGAAGGCAGAGGAUGAAAUUGAGAAGGAUUCUGAGAGAGAUUUUAGGGGAAGAUAUGGGGGAAUCAGAGGAGACUGGGGCCUCUGAGGAGGAGAUUUCUCAUCAGGCUGUCACUUUCUUUACUAAAUUGUACAAGUCUAAAAACCAUACCCUUGAUGAAGAGUUAUUUGGGGUCAUUCCUGAGCUUGUUGGACCAACUGACAACGAGAAUUUGACUAUGGCUGCCACCUUAAUUGAAGUUAAAUAG